CACUUUCUGAAAAUUGGGGACUAGGAAUUCCAGCUGCCAAGGAUCUGAACAAUGGGGUAACUUGACGAGGGGAGCCAAACUCUGUACUCGAUGAAGAGGAAACAACUAUGUCGUCAUUUGUUUGGUCUUCAAAUGAUGGAAACAGCUCCCCUGAAAAUUGUCACACAUCUCAUCAGCAUAGGCUAUCAUGGAUGGGAAGAGCUGAGUACGGCAUGAGACUUGACCCUGUACUGAACUCAGAGCUAGCUGGAGAUUGUUCAUAUAGAUCAGGUUGCCUGCAAUAUUUGUAUUGAUUGAGGUAACUGGAAGUCUUGGAGUACCUGCAUAACACGUUCAGUUAACGAAUGUGCCCUUUGGUAGUGAAUGAAAUGGACAUAAUAGGAUUUAGCUCACUAGCUGGAAGAAAAAGCUUACCUUCCAAGCAUGUUCGAGGCUCUGGUUGGUGUUCUCUGUAUUGACUUCCUGCG